GCGAGAAACGUCAAAGUCAAAAAGGUAAACAAUCGAAAGUUUUCCGAAAAUUAAAAAUUAUUUGACUUAAUUUUCGCCUUUAAUUGCUCAAAAAAUUCCUUACAUCGCCAAAACUUCUUGAAAAAUCUUCCUAACUUGUAAUUUCCUCAAAAAUCUCCAACAAAACAUGACUUUACAAAAAUCUGUGGACCAAUCUACCAUUUUGCUCGGCGAACGAACAAAAUUAAAAGAUCUCCUCCGUUUACGUCUCAACGAGUGCGGUUGGGGCGAUGAAGUCCGUUUAUUAUGUCGCGAAACGAUCAAAUCUAACCACGGCAACAUCAAUGUCGACGAAAUCGUGGAAGAAGUAAAGCCCAAAGCUCGUCAGCUGGUACCGGAUAGCGUGAAAAAGGAAUUAUUGCAGAAAAUUAAGACAAUUCUCAUCGAGCAAGAAGGACUGGAAAUUUAAAAUUCGUAAAAAUUUUAUGUUAAAUUCAUUUUUUUUCAUCAAAUCAUCCGAAAAAUCAGCGAACUAUCAUUAAAUUGUGAUUAAACUAUGUAAUUAAUUGAAAAUAAAAAUAAAACUAGGACCUAGAGAA